AAGUUUUGCACAUUAGCCACGUUCUGAUUUCGUUUUCGUCCAUUUGUCAUUAGUUCAAAUAUGCUUUUCUAAAGAACAGCACGAUAUUACAAAAAUGGCAAAUGUAAUGUUUAUUUGGAUACUUUGGAUAUCCUGCAUCUGUAUUCGCGGUGUGUCGGCCCAGUGUGGGGCUUUAACGGCCGGGAAUGAAGAAUUGACAGCCGAAGGCUCUAAUUUCUGCGAGUGGACGGUUACUGCCACUGAAGGUACCCAAGCUGUAGUGUACUUGACUCUCAUAGAAACCGAUCCGGGGUGCACAAACUCUACACCGUUCAAUUACGUCGCUGUAUACGACUCUGCGACUGCGGACGAGAGCACCCUUAUAGGUUCCAAGCAAUGCCAGGAUGACAUACGUCAGUACGUGUUCACCAGCACCGGGUCCGUCCUUUUCGUCGUUCUCAAUACAAUAGGAUCUGUUGGACGAAUAAAGUUUCUGUACUUUGCAGCAGAUACAACUCAACAGCCACUGUGUACGGUUCGUACCGAGGUGACACAACUUUCCCGACUUAUGGCGCCCAGCCUACCAAGCACAUACACAAGUAAUGAUUCGUGUGCAUGGACAUUUUGGUCGGAGUCUGGAAUCACAUUCACUGUUAUGAUGACCGACUUUUCCUGUUCUAAUGAUUAUCUGGAGAUAUAUGAUGGUCUGCAUCGAUCAAGUCCUGUACUUCUUUCCCGUAGUGACGGUGGCAGUAAUAGCACUAUUUCUUCAGUCGAUACAUCCGGGUAUUUUGCUCGAGUUGUGUUCUGGGGUUCAAGUGAUACAGAUUGUAGUACUAACAACUAUGGGUUUCUGCUGACAUACGAGAUCGGUAAAGUGGAUAUAGCACCGAACAGGACUGAAGGGUGUAAUACAACCGGCGUGUAUCUGGAUACACCGGAAAUGCAAUAUUACGCCUACAUUACCAUCGGAGAUGGAACCUAUGAUAAUUUCCUAAACUGUACUUGGUUUAUUACGGCGCCCGAGAACCACGCAGUGAUGGUUGAGUUCGCUGACACAGAGGCGUAUGGCAUCGAAUUCAAUAGCUAUUGCGACUAUGAUUCGCUUACACUCUAUGACGGUAACAACGUCAGUGUGCGAAUGAACAAGUUUUGUGGGUACGUGAUGCCACCCCACCGCUACCAGAGCACAGGAAGUGAUAUGACAAUCGUCUUCCUCUCCGAUUAUUUGGUCGGUAGCUCGGGGUUCACACUGCGAUACUACGCGAUUGACAUGGAUUCGCCUUACUGCGGAGAAGACUACCCAUCUUAUGAAUCCACAUACAAUCUUCAGGCUGACUAUAUUGCCAACAACAGUACUUGGAAUUUAACCAUCGAUUAUCCGUCCACUUGGAGAUACCCUAACAACGCAGAAGUAUUUUGGCUGAUAACGAUCGAAGACCCGAGCCUUUACAGGCUGGUUAUGAGUUUUAAGUACUCCCGCAUUGAGAGCUCCGUUGAGUGCACGGUGGACUGGUUUAUUCUCUAUAACGGUCCGUGUCGGACGGACGAAAUACUGGACCGAACGUGUGGUCACUACGGAUACUGGCUAAAGACCUACAACCUUGAAGGAACCGUGUCUGCCUAUCUUCUUUACUUUCACAGUGACAACUCUUUCAAUUACAGAGGAUUUACGCUGCAAUACUAUGCUGAAUUGAGGUCCGUCGAAGCUGUUGCAACCACCACACCAGUACCGACGUUAGGACCACCUGUAGACGCUGUAAUAGAGGCUAUUAAUGGAUCUAUGUUUGGAUACGUGAAGGACGUGAUGCCCAGUAGAGACACUAGCGCUGCUAUAGAAGCCCUCAUUAACUUCUACUUUGUUGGAGUAAAUGGUUUAGAUGAGGUUGAGCAGAAACUGACGUCUACGUUGCAGCUUGAGGUCGAGUGGACGGAUGUAAGUCUUGCAUGGGAACCAGAAAAACGGGACGGUAUCGUUCGAAUGUUGUUACCCCAAGACGACAUUUGGAAGCCAGAUAUCACUCUCAUGAAUGGGUUUGAAAAGAUAACUGCGAUGGGUGACUCGUUUAUGUACGUGGAUGUAAAUUACAACGGUACAUGUCUUUGGAAACCGUACCAAAUAGUCGAGACCACAUGUCAAGUCGACAUGACCAACUUCCCGUACGAUAGUCAGACGUGUUAUUUGCAGUUCGGCACAUGGUCUAGUUCAGAUGAAAUCAUUACUGAGUUUGGGGAAGACGGACUACAGAGGCACCACAAUUUUCAAGACCACGCAGAAUGGAAAGUUAUUUCUUUGGGAGUAGAUACUUCGACUAAUAACACAGGAGGCGCUGUUAAGUUUCAUGUCUCAAUCGAGAGAAAUUCAAGGUUUAUAACGUUCUACAUGACAAUCCCAACCGUGAUGUUAGCGUUACUUACUGUGUUCUGUUUUGUUAUUCCCGUUGAAAGCGGUGAGAAGUCAGGUUUUAGCAUAACAGUAUUUCUAUCAUUUGUGGUUGUUUUGAUUGUGGUUAAUGACACCAUGCCGGAUAAUUCAGACAAUAUAUCCUUGUAUGCAGCAUACUCCCUCACAAUGGCAAUUGUAAGUGCCCUCUCUACAGCCUUUACGGUCAUGCAAAUACGAGCUGCCACCCUUGAGACAAAACGUUAUUCCAUUCCACGGAAAAUCCAAGCACUUGUCAGACUUGUUUUACAGAACAGAGAUAAAGUAACUAAUGUUUUAUUCAAAUUACUAACGGAACAAGAACAAGAAAAUGUUGAGGAAUUGAGUGUAGAAGAUAUCAAAGAUACAGAAAGUGAAGAUGACGCCAAAGUUCCAAUUGAACAUUUGUUUCCAAAAUAUGAUUAUAUGUAUCUUGAACGCGACGGAACUGCCAUUAGAUUUGAAAGGAUGGCUACAACAACUUCCAUUCUUUUCGAUCAGGAGACAAAAAACGGAAGACAAAACAUAUUUAGUGACAAAAAAGAUGAUAUGUUUAAAGAUGAUGAUGACAAAGAAAGUAUUUCUAGUAAAUUAUCAAUGGAAAGUGAGGAAAACUUAUCGAAAUACGAUGUAAAUGAUUCCACAGGUAAUUCAGACAACGAUACUGACACGAGCGAGGAAGAGUUGGAAAAUAUAGAUGAUCUCAAAAAGCUCAAUGAAAGUAAUGACAUCAAUGAACCUGGCAUUGAAUCAUCAACAGAAGCUGACAAUAUUGAUGAUAAUGUUGUUAAAAAUACUAGACCCAUCGAUAUCCAAAACGAAUGGAAAAGCGAUAACGCGGAUGAUACAAACAUAAGUGAAAACCCUAAUGCACCAGGAGACCAGCUUAAUGCAGAGCUUUCUACAAGGUCACGCGUAAGAGUGAUAAGUGUAGCUAGUUGUAAGGAUUAUGAAAACAAUAUAAUAGAAAAUGAAAACGGCGAAGAAAUCGUUCGUGAGGUUUUAAAUAGCAGCCCUGUCGGAGAGCGUACUGAUAUUGCAGCAUCUAGACCAAUAUCAAGAUCCGUAUCUUUCUUCGACCAUCGAGUACGGCCCGUAUCCCCAAACCGAACUAUAUCCGCGCAAGGAAGUCGCCCGAGUUCACGGGCAAAUCGACCAAUGUCGCGAACUGGCCGAGGAGGGAAUGUAUUGCGAUCGAUUUUUCGGAAGAGGAACAGUGUCGAUGUGGCUGACGGCAGUUCCACAUCGAGGAGAGUAACAUUUAGAACGGACAGUAGGCACGAGCAUGAGCCAUUGUGUGAUGAUUCCAAAGACUGUAAAAGUAAAGAACCUAACGAUUCAAUCUUUGUGGGCCGAGCGCCCUCUGCCAUUUCGGAAGCAUGGGGCAUAUCGGAUACAAUUACUGAUGAGCCAUUCCCAACGGAAGACUUAGCUGGCCGUUCUUUUGAUGACAAUGGAAGUACCGUAAGUGGCAAAUCCGAGGAUGAUGAAAAACCAAUCGAGUGGCGGCACGUUGUCGAAUGUUCUGACAUCAUCUUGUUUCUUGUUUUAAUGUUAAUUACCCUUCUCUUCACUCUUGCGAUGUUUUUGUCAAUGAUCACAGGGUAAAAAUGAAUGAUGAAAUUUACGAACCUAUAUUAUGUAAAUAUUGCAGUGUUUCUGACGAAACUAAAGUAAUGUAGUGAUGUUUCUUUCUAUUGAUUAAAUCUGAGUAGAAUUUACUAAAGAUUACAAUGCUUGCACCCAAAAUGUAUAGUUUCUCCCGUCUCGCUUUCGUAUGUUUCAAAUGUUUACAAAUAAUAAUAUUUUAGAAACGGACAGUCAAUUACAUAAAUCUCUGUUCACGUGUGCUACGAUUUUAUUAUUUUUAUCUCAUGAAAUUAUUAUUGGAGUUAUACCGUAUACGGCUCGUUUAAGCAGACUAAUAAGAUUAGACAAUAAGUAUAUAAUAGGUUCGUACAUGACACUCAAAGCGAAACCAGAUAAAAAAUACAUAACGCAAUCUCAUUGUUUAAAUAUAUUAAGUGUUGAUUCAUUUGCAAUGAGCUAUGUACAUAUUGUUCAGAUAAAUGUGAAUAAAUCAAUAGGAAUCAA